AUGUCGUUGGAAGCUCGUUCCCAAGGCAAGAGGCUUCCUAAUUAUCAAAAACAAAUCUUCUACUUUCGAGGGAGUGAUCCACUUAGAGAGCAGGAGUUUUUAAGAGAUGAAUACAGAAAAGCUUUAAUAGAUUAUCGAAAAGCCUGUCAAGAAAACAGCGAAUUGCAACGAGAAAUGCAGCAACAGAAGGAAAAAAUGGCAGAAGUUGAAGGAUAUUCAGCAGCUCUGGCAGAAUUUGUAGAUGGAAAAACGGAAGGUAUUGGCGAAGCUACAGAAUUACGACAUCAAUUACAAUCUCUCGAGGCAGAAAUUGCACAAAAGGAAGCAAUUCUUAGCGAACUCAAAGACAAAUUAAAUCCAGCAUUUAUCGCAAAUUUACAGAAAGAAAAAGCCGAUUUUUUAAUACAGAUACAGAAAAUGGAAGAAAAGGAUAUGAAUGCAAAAAACGCAGAUGACCAAGUCGCGAUGCAAGUUGCUGCAGCCGUAAUUCAUCCUUCAUAUCAAAGGAACAGAGAAAAAGAGUUUUACUCUGUAUGGGUACAGAAGAAGAGCAAAGCAUUACGACAGAAAUUGUCCGAUAUUAAAGUCGCUUUGGACUCAGCUCCGGCCGUUACUCCUUCUAAGACACAAGAAGCGUCGGAAGAGAGGGCAAAGAUGCAAAAUCUCGUUGACAUCAAGUGUAAAAUACAUUUUGCUCACUUCAAAGAGCAAACGAGAUACGAAAAACAUCCAUUAUACUUACAAUUACUUCUAAGCAUUCUUGAGGACUUUAAUAAUCGCAUGAUUGACCUUGAAAUGCCUGAAAGUGAACUUGUUGACAUACAACAGCUUCGAAAAGAAAUAUUUCCAAAAUCUGAUGAAGAAAUUCAACAAGAAAAUGACCAAAAAGCCAAAGAAAGAGAUGAAAGACGUGAGAAGAAACAAAAGCGCGCUAAAGAGUUACUUAAAAACGAUAAAAAAGAACAGAUUAGACAGAAAAGAAUUCAACAGAAAGAAAAAGAAGAAAAAGAACGUAAAGAGAAAGAACAAAUCGCUCAGCAACAAGCUGCAAGGCAAAAAGAAUUGGAAGCCAUAAUUAAAGAUUAUGAAGAGAAGAAAGAGAAAGUUAAGCAGCCAAAACAGACAUAUCAGACUCAUAGAAGAGCUCCAAGGCUUUAUAGACCAGGUUUGACAUCUUUUCUUGAUGAUGAUUUCGAUGAAAAACUUUAUGAGCCAAAACCACCAAGCGAAAAGAAGGAAUCGAGACCAAAAACAAAGCCUAAGCCACAAGAACCGCAAAAUACCGAAGUUAAGAAAGAAGAAACCAAAGAUUCCUUCGAAGAUUCUUUCGAAAACGAAGAAAAGCCAAAUAAUACACCUCAGGAACAGCAAAAUACCGAAAAAGACUUCGAAAGCGAAGAAAAGAAAGAUGAUAAAGAUUUCGAAAGUGAAAAAAGUGACAAAAAUGAUUUUGAAAGCGAAGAAAAGCAUGAUGAAGAACAAACCAAUCAAAGCGAAGAAAAGAAAGAAGAAAAUGACUUCGAAAGUGAAACAAAAAGUGACAAAAAGGAAGUAAAAAGUGACACCAAAAAAUCAGAUGAUUUUGAAACAGAAGAUGGCAAAGAAGAUGAAAAGAAUGAAAGUCUCUUCUCAGCUGUGAAAGACAAAGUUGAUGACAUCGAAGAAAAAGAUGAUAAAAAUGAAGAAAAAACAGAAAAUACAUCUGUUAAUGAGAAAAUCGAAAACAAUUCGGCUGAAAAUAAUGAAAAGGAUGAUGAUUUCGAAUCAGAAGAACAAACAAGAACAGAAAGUAUCUCAGCUGAAAUCAAAGAAAAAGCAAAUAUCGAAGAACAAAAACAAGAAACAAAUCAAAAUGAUGACGAUUUUGAAUCAGAAAAUAAAGAAGAAACAAAAGAUAAAGAUAAUGAUUUCGAAGACCAAAAACAAGAAGAAAAUAAAGAAGAAGCACAAGAGAAAGCUGAUGAUUUCGAUGAUCAAAAUAAAGAAGAGACAAAAGGUUUGUUUCCUUCAAUUAAAGAUAAAGCUGAUGACUUAGAAGAACAAAAUAAAGAAGAUGAUUUUGAAGAUGAAGAAAACAAUAAAAAACAAGAAGAAACACAAGAGAAAGCUGAUGAUUUCGAAUCAGAAAAACAAGAAGAAACAAAAGGAUUGUUCUCAUCUAUUAAAGAUAAAGCUGAUGACUUCGAAGAACAAAAUAAAGAAGAAAACAAAGAAAAUGAAAAUGAUUUUGAAGAAAAUAAUGAUGAAAAACAAGAAGAACCAAAAGGAUUGUUCUCAUCCAUUAAAGAUAAAACUGAUGAUAUUGGAGAUCAGAAACAAGAAGAAACAAAAACAGAAAAUGAAAAUGAUUUUGAAGAAAACGAUGAUUUCGAAGAUGAAAACAAAGAAGAACAAAAACCACAAGGACUAUUCUCAUCUAUUAAAGAUAAUUUAGAAGAAGAGAAACCAAAGGAAAACACAACAAAAGAUGAUUUCGAUGACUUUGAAGAUGAAAAACAAGAAAAUAAAGGUUUGUUUGGAGCUGUUUCUGAUGCUUUGAAACCAAAAGAGAAUGAAACAAAGAAAGAAAAUGAAUCUCCAUCUUUAAUGAAUCAGUUGAUUGGAAAGGAAGAAGAUGAAAAGAAAGAUGAUGAUUUUGAGUCAGAAGAGCAUGAUAAUAAUGUUAAUGAUGAUAAGAAUGCGGACGAAAAAGAUUUUGAUGAUGAUUUUGAUGAAUAA